AUGGGACGCCGGAGCAACAAGAGGAAGUUGGAGAAGGCGUGCGGUGCCGGUGAUUCGGUCCCCUGUCACAUCGCCCGUAUCAGCAGCUACGAUACGGUGUCUCCGUCGAUUUACCUGGUGGUAGGUCAUCAGAUCUCUCACCCUGCCUACUCCGUGUACAAGGUGAACCCCUUCGCUGACGGCGGCGGCGGCGGCGGCGACUCUGCGAAGCGCAUCCGGCGCCUAAAGAGCACUGCCAGACUCUACGCCAAGCACUGCAUGGCUUUCGUCCCCUUGCGGUCAAAGCACGGCCCAUGGAUCGUGGGCGUCGGCGGCGACAUUGCAGAAGAUUACGGCCCGGAGACCAUCGUCUUCGAUACCAAGACGCAACAGGUGAUCACGGGACCGAAGCUUCUGUCAACCAAGUUGUGUCCGGUCCUACUAACCGUCGGCAGCAAGAUCUACGCGCUGUCGCGAAGCCCCAACGUAAAUGGGGAGAUUGAUUUCGUGCCCUGGUUCGAAGUGCUCGAUCUCUCCCAAGCUCAAGUGGUGGACGGCCGCCGUCUAGUGAACUGCGAGUGGAAGGAAAUGCCGCGGCCCCCCUUCUUCCCCUGGGAGCUAACCCCAAGGCAGUACAUGUUCCCGCCGGAGAUCACCGUCGAGUCCUAUGUGGCAGUAGGCUCCUGCAUCCUGGUAUCGGUUACUGGGAGGCAGACUGCAGCUGCAGGCACGCACAUGUUUGACACCGAGACGGAGCAAUGGGUGAAGCUGGAUGACAAGGGCUUGCCAUUCAUCAGAGGCGCCAUACCGCAUGGACCACUACUCUUCCUUGGAUUAUCGCCCCGAAGCAAAGAAUUCACCGCUAGCAAAGAAAUCACCGCUUACAAGAUCAAAACAGUAGCAACAGGGUGCCCAUCCUUGUCCAUUGAUGAGUUCCCGAUGGCAACCGACUGCGAGGUUGAGGAAGAGCUUGUUAGCUCCAGCAAGUUUGUGUCCCUUGGUGACCACAGUUUCUGUUCGUUUGACUGUCGCAGCAUCAGCCGGACGCCAGGCCCCCAACAUAUGGGAGAGCUUGUCAGCAUGAGAGCAUACACGAUCGAAAAUCCCCUGUCACUUGAUCGACUGAAGCAUGGUUAUACACUACUGGUUUCCAACCAUUGGAAACAGGUCUACAGUGUCCGCGAUACCUUCAGGGGACUGCCUUGUCCAUGUUUGGAAGGUGUCAUAUACUUAUGAGUAAAGCCCUUUUGGCACAUUUUG